AUUUUAAACAUCCUUCAAGCAGCCUUUUGAGAAAUGCACUGGCUCUGCUGUACUUUUGGGGAACACUAUAAAUCAACUGGUUAAUCCCAUUUAAGGGUAAUGUUUUGCUAUUAUCCAAGCUGAAGAUUUUCCUACAACAAAGAUUUUUAAUGAAAAUCACAUAACAAGAUCCAUUAAGAAAAUCUAUGGAUUUACCAGCUGUUACUGAAACAGCGCUGGAGCUUCCAGUUAAUAAAUCUGAAGCCUUUGCUACUGUGGACUCAUUAUGGACAACCACCGCCAAUGGUUCUGUCCGGCUCCGGAUUGAUGACUCCUGUCCUCAGCCUGCUGUAACUGUGCACCAAUUAUUUCUGGAAUGUGUGGAUAAAUAUGGAUCUCUGAAUGCCAUGUCAAGCAAGAAGGAUGGGAUAUGGGAACAUGUCACCUUCUUGGAAUACUACAAGUUGUCACGCAAAGCUGCCAAGAGCUUCCUGAAGCUUGGAUUGGAACGGUUUCAUGGUGUUGGAAUACUGGGGUUUAACUCACCUGAAUGGUUUAUUUCUGCAGUAGGCGCUGUCUUUGCGGGAGGAAUUGCUACAGGCAUUUAUGCAACCAAUUCACCUGAUGCCUGUCACUACAUUGCCAGCGAUUGUACAGCAAAUAUCAUUGUGGUUGAAAAUGAGAAACAGCUGGAAAAGAUCUUACAGACAUGGGAGAAACUACCUCACCUCAAAGCUGUUGUUCAGUAUAAAGGCACUUUACUGGAGAAACAUCCAAAUGUGUACAUGUGGGAAGAAUUUAUGGAACUGGGGAAAGAUAUAGCUGAAGAGCAGCUCGAUGACAUCAUAAGCACUCAGAAACCCAAUGAGUGUUGUGUUCUUAUUUACACAUCUGGUACCACUGGGAAUCCGAAAGGUGUAAUGCUCAGCCAUGACAACAUCACCUGGACAGCGGCCCACGCCAGCAGAGCUGGAAACAUGAUUCCUGCCGAAAUCCAGCAGGAGGACAUUGUCAGUUACCUGCCUCUCAGCCAUAUUGCAGCCCAAAUAUAUGAUCUGUGGACUGGUAUUAAAUGGGGAGAGCAUGUCUUCUUUGCUGAUCCAGAUGCUUUAAAGGGUACGCUUGUGGAUACACUGAGGGAGGCUCAGCCUACAUCACACAUGGGGGUCCCAAGAGUAUGGGAGAAAAUAAUGGAGCGCAUUAAGGAUGUGUCAGCACAGGCUGGAGUAGUGAGGAGGAAGAUGCUUUCCUGGGCAAUGUCUGUUAGCCUGGAAAGGAACCAGAGACAACCAAGGAAUGGGGAACAGAAGCCUUUUCUCACAACGCUGGCUGAUUUUUUGGUCCUGUCCAAGAUUCGCAAGGCCUUGGGUUUCUCUCGCUGCCAGAAACAUUUCUCAGGCGCAGCACCCAUCUCCAAGGAAACAUUAGAGUUCUUCUUGGGCCUCAAUAUUACACUGUAUGAGGCAUAUGGCAUGUCUGAAACAACAGGACCCCAUUGUAUGUCUGGCCCGCAGACCCACCGCUUUCAAUGCUGCGGUAAGGCAGUACCUGGGUGCCAGGUGAAAAUUGUGAAUAAAGAUGGAGAAGGAAACGGGGAAAUCUGCUUCUGGGGGCGAAACGUCUUCAUGGGAUACUUAAACAUGGAGGACAAAACAAGAGAGGUUUUUGACAAUGAAGGCUGGUUACACUCAGGGGAUCUUGGAGUGUUGGAUGAUGAUGGCUUCUUACAGGUGACGGGGAGAAUUAAAGAACUGAUUAUUACUGCUGGAGGUGAGAAUAUCCCUCCCGUCCCUAUAGAAGAUGCUGUAAAGAGAUGUCUGCCCAUUGUCAGUAAUGCUGUGUUAAUUGGAGAUAGAAGGAAAUUUGUGUCAAUGCUUCUCACCCUUAAGAGCACAGUGAACCCAGUUACUUUGGAGCCAAUGGACACCCUGACGCAGGAAGCAAUACGGUUUUGUCACGGUGCUGGUAGCGAGGCCACAACUGUGUCAGAAAUUCUGGGGCAGAAGGAUCAGGCUAUUUACAGAGCCAUUCAAGAAGGAAUUAACAAAGUGAACAAAGAUGCAGUUUCCAAUGCUCAACGCAUCCAGAAGUGGACAAUCCUACUCAAGGAUUUCUCAAUAUCUGGUGGUGAAAUGGGGCCAACAAUGAAAAUAAAGCGUCAUGCAAUCAUAGAGAAGUACAGAAAAGAAGUGGAGGCUUUCUACAGAGAGUAAACCCCCAAGUGGUAAACGUGUCUAACUUUGGUAACACUUGAAGUAACCAUUGAUGUUCCAACACACAGAUGAACAUAUGGGUUUUUUUGCUGCAUUGCAUACAGCUACAAAUUAAAUGAGCUUAUAGACACUCAACAAAUAGAACUAUAUAAGAUUAUCCAGAUCUCCAAUUUAACAAUUUUACGUGGUUUGCUAAAAUUAAUUUCUGGAACAGUGUUACAAAAUUGAAGGUUAUGAUAAUUGUAUAAUACAGUGAAUACAAUUAGUUACUUAUGUGUUAAGUCUGGCUUCUCAAUAAACAUUUUGAAGUACA